UCGUAGAGGGGAGAGAGAGAGAGAGAGAGAGAGAGAGAGAGAGAGAGAGGGGUUAUAUCCGCAUUGGAUCCUCCACCGAUCGAAGUGGGUUUAAAGGCUUCUCCCACUUUCUCUCUCACUCGUGUCUCUCUAAAAACAUCUUGAUCGGGAACAUCCAAAGAAGGUCGAAGAAAUCACUUAAAAACGGAAAAGAUCGAUGGUGAUUUUAUGGUUGUAUUCUCAGAUCAUCGUUACAUUUGUACAUCGAUCGUCCUUCUUGUUUCCUCACCUAGAGAGGCUUGUCAGUGAUAUUUAGAUUUCUUCUUCUUCUUCGUCAUCUUCUUGCCCGAUUGUUUUGGGACUGUUCUUCAUUCCAAUUCUGGUCGUCUUCUUGAUAAGUACUUCGUCCUGGAUUAAUUACUUUGAGAUCAAGUUACUUUUCGUUUAUGGGUGUGUCUGAUUCUCAGAUGCUUGUCUCUGAUAAUGAUCUGAAUGUUAUGAAAUUGAAUUUCGUAACAAGACCCACGUUGGAAUUUCAAGAUGAGUGCCCGACAGAACCUCCAGAAGAUCGCGGGGUUCGCAAAAUGCCAGAAGUACUGCAAGAAGAACAAGAAUAUCAAAAACAAGAAGAAGAUCUAGAACAAGAACAAGAAAAAGAAGAUAAAAAUGAUAGCAUUUCUCUUUCAUCUCUGGGGGUCAGAAUUCCUUCUCUAGGAGAAUUCAGGGACAUGGAGGAGGAGGAUGAUGGGUUCAAGACUCCAACUUCGUUGGAUCAUAAAAUCCCAGUGGUUCUGCAAUGCCCUCCUGCACCAAAAAAACUCAAACCAAAAGCAGUGACGACAAAGCGAAAAGCCGCUAGACGAAGAAUUCCGCUUGAUCUGUCAAAUGAGAUUGAAUCAUUGUUCCCUUCAACUCUUCAAGUAGAUCUUAGUGGUACGAUUAAGAAAAUUAGAGAAGGAGAUGAAACCAGAUGAUGGUUUUCUAUAUGUUCUUUUUUCUUUGUUCUUUCUUUUCUUUUUCAUAUGUAUCAGGUUUUCUGUAUGUUAUGUGAAGCUUAAUUAUAUCUUCUACUGCUACUUCUACUUCUUUAAAA